AUGACAGCAAACUUGGUUGAGCACGUGCUUAGCGCCAGCACAAUUUUGUCAACUAACGAACCGGGGACUUUGACAUUAGUUGAUGGUACAAGUGAACUUUUGGCUACUCACUCAUAUCUGCAGAGUGAGUCGGGGUUGGAAGAGGGGGACAGCUUUCAAGCAUCACCAUCAGUCGCGUCAUUGACUGCAAGUGUCAACACGGCCAACUCGAGCCCAAACAAUGAUAGUCAGGCGGAAGACGAUAGUGCUAGCGAUGAAGUGGUAGACCUCUCUCGACAGCGCGGAGAUGUUUCGCUGUAUGGAUUUUAUGCCACGACAUUAGGAAAAUGGGGCGUUCUCCUCUGGUUGAUACUUGUUGCGUUGGGUUGCUUUUCGAACCGUCUUCCGUUGAUUUACAUCCGAAUAUGGCUUCAGAAAGAUCCUAAAAACAACCUCUACUAA